ACCACUAACCCUCUCAGAUGUGGCUAGUUCUAUGCAAAGACAGCAAGAGCAAGAGCAAGCAGAAGCCUUAGGGGUGGAGGGACGACGCUCACAAUUUGCAGGGCUGCGGGAGAAGCAAGCCUCCUUCCAGAGUGAGCUCUCAGGGUUAUCUCUACAGAGCAAGUCAAGCAUAGACUCACUACUAGAGUCACGUGAGGCUGACCCUGUGGAUGUACUGCUCAGUCUGGGGUUUGGGGGCCAAGCACAAGACACAGUUACACGUAUUCCAGAGAGAUUUCUCCGACCUUCACAGGUACCAGGCAAUAAUAUUGAGGAUUUCCUGAAAUCUGAAGAAGAAUUCUCAGACAUGAUGGAAUCUGCAGAGUGGAUGCCUGGCCUGGACCCCCAUGCUCUGCGUAGAUCAUCUGUAGCCACAGUUUCCCCUCUGAUGCUGCGGCUCUUGGAUACCAUUCGAGAGUCCCGAUCACGUCACCACCAAAGCAGUGUGAGUGAAGACACGUCAAGUGCUGGCCAUACCCCAGCUGCUGCAACCCCUCCUUCAGGUGUCAGUAAGUUUGCUGCUGUGGCCAAGUCUCUGGCCCUGAAAAAUUCCGUGAUGCAGACUCUGUCCUCGAGCGCUAACCGACCUAACAAGCUCUCGGUCCUGAAUGCAGAGAACAGGCGUCUGCUGGAUCUGCAGGGCCAGAAAUCCCCUGAAGUGCCCCGAAAACGUCUCAUCAUUGGCCAGUCGUCUUUUGACCUUGGCCGGGAUGGCGAGCUCAUUGCCAAUGAAGAUGAGGGAAUGGGCAUCAGUGUAGAUCAAGAAGAAGAUGAUGAAGAUGAGGAUGAUGAUGACAAGGAUGAAGGAGAUGGGAUUGGAGAUAAGGAAGAAGGGGAUGACAACAGCGAGGAUGCAAGAGAGAGGAUGAUAGAAGGAGAUGAGCAGGAAGAGGGGUCAUGGCGGCGCCAUGGAUUGCUUCAGCACAAGGAUUCGGUUUGGUCCAUGGCAAGCUCUGCCACCAGCAUUGACAGCAGUGAAGAGGAGAUUCGGGAGCAGCGUCACCGACUCCAGCUUAGUCUGAGCCGUCGUCCGUUGCAAGCUGACCCAGCCACUAUGACACCUACCACUCCUGCCGAGUCCCUUGAUUCUCCACAGCCGGUUUUCAGUACCAGUGGGGCAGAUUCCUCAGACCGGUACCGAAAGAUAAUGAGACGUUUAAGUGGUAACAAGCGUCACAGUACAGUCAGCAGUGGUGGAAGCUGGGAAAUGGAUGAGCGGAUUCCUGAAGAGGACCUUGAGGAUGAUGUUAAUCAUGAACCUCUCCAUGAUCAGGUCAUUUGUGAGGCAGAUGCAUCUGGGUCACUCAACAGUUGCAGUGACACUCGUGCCUCUGUCAUCUCUGGCUCUCCCCACCAGAGACACUCUUUGUCAUUAUCUCCUGAAGGCCAGGGUAACUCCAGAGUGCAAGGGAGCAGCCCGAGUCCCCCAGUCUCGGUCAGCAACAAGAAGCGACAAGGGGAUUCCUCCUCCAGCCAGAAUGGGCCAGAUUCUUCUAUGCCUUUGCUGAGCUUCUCGCAGCAUUCACACAAUCCAGCCCUGAUCCAUCCUGUGCCCAUCCUGCUUCAGCAUAGCACUGGCCCAGCUCCCCUCCCCAGGACCAGCAGGAUAGGGGAGGAAGCCUCUUCCUGCUUAGCACAUCGGGGAAGUGGAGGUGUGCUGAGGAGGCAGCAGAGGGUGGAUGAUGGCGAUGUGGACGCAGGAGGAAGGCAGAUGCUGCAACCUCCCAACCUGCUUUCUCAACAUUGCCGCCAUCAGCAUUCAUCAGGGCACCAAGUACGAGGCUCGGGCAACGAUGAGGAUAGAUCAGGGCCAACUGGAUUGUUGUGUCGUUCAGGCAGUGCUCAGUCAGACUCUUCUGGUUUCAUGGAUGGGGAUGUGGUAGAGGCCGAGACACGCACACCAACACAACAGAAUUUGUCUUCUGCUCAGCUUUCAGCAAGUCCACAAGCCCACACUGGUCACAACUGGUGGUGGAGCCGUGAGAGUGGAGGCAGCUUGGAGACGGUCCGUCAUGCUCCCCUGAGUCGCACCAUGGCCCUCCGCCCAGGCCACAGUCACUCUCACUACCAACGUACCCUUCGCAGCCACCUACUCAACCACCAGACGUCUCUGCCUUCGUGGCUGAGGGGGAUGCACGACCCCAGCCUCUCCCCAGGAGGUCAGCACCCAAGCCACCGCCCAGGAGGAAAGGCCCAGGUAGUCCGCCACCACCACAGCCCCGACCCACUUCUCUUCCCCUGCAAAGGCUCCCUUGGCAACAGCAACAGCAACCAUCCCUCCUGCAACCUUGCCCCAUGUGUGGAUACUUCAGUUCCUCAGCUCCUCCACCACUGUAAUCAUUCUGUUGUUCAUCCCUAUCUUAGUCAUAGUGUAGGUAACACCACCUCAGCUUUCCAGCCACCUAUUCUGGACGGCUCAAGUUACCCAGGCCAUCCACAGGAUAUGAAGUGCAGACUCUGCUAUCCUACUGCUAUAUCAACAGAUGCCUACACUCCAACUCUUGCAGCUGCUGGAUUUUCCUCUUGUAAUACUGCUAGUCUCAACCAGGGAAACCGGCCCAGUUCCAGUCUCAGAGGCAGGUGGCAGAAACGGCGCCACUCCCUCCCGGAACCCCUGCCUUCCAGUGUUCAUAACUCAGACAUGUUAUGCUCCCCACCUCCUUCCUCACCCCUUUCCCCCUCCUUUAGUCCAUUACCCAUUACCAGUGAGCUGCCCUUCUUACCACAGUCAAGCAGAGAAGUACAUCACACAGAUAAUGGAAGCUGUGCUCGUGGUGGGAAGACUGUUGAAAAUGAUGCUAGCACACAGUGUCAGGUCCACUCAUUACCCUCAGACAUGCUGCUGGUUGCCCUGCACACUUAUCGCCACCAGCUUGUGCACCAAGAGCACCUGUCACGCCAACUGCAUGAUACAGCCAUGGACUUACCAAGCUCCUCAGUCAACACUCAGCACCUCUCCCAACAGCUGCGCAACAUCAGUGCCAUUAGGGCUGCCAUUCGAGCAGAGGUGACACACAUGGAGCAGUUGAUGGCCAGUACCCAGCACACAUCUCUCAGUCCUACAUGUAUCAACAGUGUCAUCACACAGAUGGUCAUGCUUCUUCAGCAACAGUCAGAAUUGUGCCGAGACCUAGAGACACUCACUGUGGCAUCAUCUCACACCUCCCUGGAAGGUGCAUCCCACUCCACCCAGCAUCUCAGUCAAGAGUCCUCUUAUGAUAACCUCCCAGAGAAGCCAAAUCCUCUGUGCCUGUCGUCCAGUUCCCCAGACCUCAUACACCAUGAUGCAGCCCCCAGCCCUAAACUUGGAAACUCUUUUCAUGAGCCAUUUGGAAAUCACAUGGUACAUGAUUCUUCUGCAUGGAAAAGCUCAGAACGGGGUCAGGGCUUUCUGAACUCUAACAGUAACCUAGGGACUGCAAGCCACGUGAGAAAUGACUCAUCUUGUGCAAACCAUUCCAUAGAAAAGUUAGUCUUUUCAGACCAUGCCACAGUGAAAACAAUAAGCUCAAAGCAGUCACAAGAGAAGGCAAUUAUUUCAGGUUAUUCUGAACAGUGUACCAACAUUCCAGACCAAAAAAGUGAUAGUGAGAGGAAAAGAGAGUGGUUCCAGGAACCACAAGAGGUUAUACAAGGCAGUGUAGGCAGUGUUGAGUUGAACAAUAAUAGUAUAGACUCUUGCCUAAGAUUAGAGGAGUUGAACUCUGAUGGUUCUGCUGACCAUUCUCAGUUAGCAUCUUAUAAGAACACAAGAUCUCCAUUCAGCCCCUGGAAUUCAGCACAGGGAAAACCGCAGGGCUUGACCAAAUCCUUUGAUAGACACCAAGAGGAAGGUUUGGAAGGUAGCACUGACAUGGCUACUUUCCUAGGCAGUGGGGAUGUUUCUUCUGAUACCUCUUCACUGGCUUCUCAGGUGGCUCAACUGGUACAGCAGCAGGUGCAGAUACAAACACAGGUGCUGGAGGAGCAGCUGCACCAGCAGACAAGAGACAUGGCAGACAUCAAAAGCAUGAUGGAAAUUCUAAUCAACAAGAUGUCGUGAGAGACAAAGAAGGUGCAACAAUUAGGUGCAUUGUGGCAGAUGUGUGUCUUGAGUCACACAAGCUACAGAUUCGCCACUGGAUUCCUCAAGAACUAUUUCAUUAGUGGUGGAUAGUUGUUGUUCCUGCUGGGGUACAUGGAAAUGAAUGUGAUAUCUUUAAUCCAAGAAAUAGUUGUAGUAAUGAGACUGUGAAGAAAAAGUUGAGGUAGAAGCUGCGCUGCUUCUCAAUUAGAAUUAAUCUGUACUUUUAUUUAAAAUUUCUCCCAUGAAGAGAUGAUAUAUUUGUUUGUGCAGAGUUUGGGAGGUUUUUAAACUUUCAUUAUUUUUUACAAUUUACAAAUAAACAUGCACAUACCCUUGCACAUAUGCACAUGUAUAUACAGACACACAUGCACACUCAUUCACACUCACACUCUUCUCCUCCUUCUCUUAUCUCUU